AUGGCUCCUCUCUUCUCGAAGCGACUAAGCUGCUUCUAUUGCGGUCGUCGCUCUGCACAGCCUGGAAAAGGCCCUCUCCGAAAAUGGCAAUGUAAACACUGUGAGGCCGUCAACUAUCUCGACGAAAAUGGAGAUAUAACAGAUCCUCCUGCCACCGAAACGAAUCCAGAUCCGCCUACACCCGGCCCAACAAAAUCUUCUCUUGAAUCCGUUGACAUAGGUUUGACGGGCUCGGACUUGUUUUGUGCCCAUGCUUUGGCAUCCUACUUCCCGCCCUCAGACGAUCCGAAUUAUAGCGCAUACGAAAGGGAAUAUCCCAAAUUCCGAAAAAAUCUAGAAGAGCGGUAUCCUCAAGUGUGCGAUCAAUGUGAACCUCGUGUGAAGGCGCGCAUCCGCCAGGCCGGAUACGAAGCAAAGUCAGACCAUCUGCGGCGAAUGAUGGACAGGAGUAAAGCAGGAAAAGCAGCGCGCAAAGCGCGACAAUGGAACUGGAGGAGUCUUUUGGUGUUUGCCGGUGCUAUCUGUUACUGGGCUAGCAUUGCAGGUCAACUUGCCUGGGACUUGACCAAUGCACUGCCUGUCGAAAAAUCAUUACGAGACUCGGAUGGUUUCUCAAUGUCGCAUGUGGUCGUUCCACGCAUUAGACAAGUCCUCCAAACGCUUCAUCUACCAUCUGAUGGUCCUGUGGACUUGGGACCCUAUGCAGGCUUGUCUCUUGUGGCCGGCAUAUUUUCGCUGUGGUAUAACCCGAAGCUGCGCUUAAAGGUUGAAGGGAGAGGCGGCCGCUUCUUGGGACUAGGUGAAUACUAUAAAGUCCAGCUUAUUGUCAUGGUCGUGCGGUGCGCGUUUUGGGCCGUCCUUAGGGAUCCCUCGUCUAGCGGCCUUGAUGCCACGCUGCCGCCUGCUCUACAUCUCUUCAUGUUUUUUUUUACAGUUUUGUCUGUCAUCAUAUCGCGGCGCAUCGUCUGCUAUAACACUCGACCACUGGUCAAUUGGGCUGAAACUACUCCAAUGACAACCCCAGUUCGGAAAACGGAGGCAUCUCCUCGAUUGACCACUGACACGAAACAGCCCUUCUACACCCCCCAUGAAAUCUCUCAGCAGAUAACACCCCGCUUUCCUAUUGAAAGGCUGGCAACUCCGCAGAGCGCUCGGGAGGAGCGCGCCAUUCCGACGCCACCGCCCGAGGUCGACGACAUGGACUGGACUCCGUCUAUACAGCAUAGUUUCCAACCAGCCUCAACUGUUCAUCAACGCGACCAGCGACAGUCUCUCCUUUCCGGCCCUACUCCUUUUUACGGAUCUCUUCCUCCCGCUCCAGUGCCGCCAUCAUGGAGCUUGCGAAGCCAGUCCUCAAAGAGACCAAAACCAAUCGAACAGGUCGUUGAGCGCAAUCCUUUUCAUCGCAGCCCUGCUCAAUCGUCCGCUGAUUGGAGGCGCAAAACGGCCUCUCCAGAUGCUGUAUUCGCGCCUCCUAAAUUCUUUCCAGUGACCGAUCAUGCCUCCACAGGGCUGGAGAAUCUUUUUGAUCGAGCUUUUACCAUCAAAUCACCAGAUAAUGAUGAGCAUGAUUGGCAGAGACCACAGCAGGCACAUCUGGAUACUCAGCCAUCGCGCUCUGCAAACAUGCGGGGGGUCUUCAUAUCUCAGUGUGUUCGAUUUGGUCUUCUACUCGUGUCGAUUACUGCGUGGAGUCUCUCGCAGUACGAGCUUGUGACCGUCCCCGGCGACUAUAUUGAAGUUGCCUCUCUAGGAUGUGCUAGCCUACUCGCUGGCUUUGCUCUUCUGGAGGGGGUAAAGCAACCUAUCGUACAAUGGAAUGGCAUGGAACUUCUUGUCUAUGUUGCAGAGCUUGCCGCAGCAGUACAUCUCGGUGGAUAUCUCCCAGGAGCAUUCCUUGAACGACAUUACUUCGACAGAUACGGAAAGCUCCUUCUGAUCUUUAUGGCUGUCCAGGAGGCGCUAGGGCUAUUAGCUAUCUACCAAACCUCCCUUAUUCCCGAUGUGCUCUCACCGAAGAGAAGCCAAGCAGGUCGACCGUCAUCCUCGGGUGGAGAUACCAUUGCUGGCGAUUCGCCAAAUUCACGAAUCAGCAGACAAUCAAACAACCAAUCCUUCAACUCUCUUUCCUCCCACGCACCUCCGGCCCUCUCCUUCGGAUCCACCGCAGCUGGGUCAAGCUUCCUGACACAGGCGCACAAGCCAGAACUCUCGCCACAAUAUCAACUUCCUCUCUCCCCACAUGGCGGCUCAUUCAACGGCAACGCCAACCGACACAGCUUCAGCCUGAAUAGCCUCAAACACCAAGAAGCCGAUGCCUCGGAUCCUGACUUUGACCGCGACUCAGACACAGAAACUACGAUGACGACAGCCACCGCAACAACAAACAACACCAUUAGAAAUAUCCGCUACGGGCGAAACAGUACCGCUAACGAAGUUCUGUUCUCUCCGAGACGCUCGGAGCUCGGUCCUGGUCUUGGCAGUUUGAGUCUCGAUGACGGGCCGUCGCGCCGUAUGACGCGGAGCCAGUCUCAAAGACUUCAAAGCCAAACGGCUGCAGGCAUUCGUAGAAGGGGCUUCUGA